CACUUACAUUACAUAUACCCUGAUCGAGUGGUAGAGAAGAUAUCAGAGCGAAAAGAUGAAAGCAGAUGAAGUGUUUCGCAUGAAUGGAGGAAUUGAAGACAUCAAUUAUGCUAACAACUCCCUUCUUCAGCGAAACGUGAUACAUAUGACAAAGCUCAUAACAGACAAAGCAAUAACGAGCCUCUAUACUAGCCUCAACGAUCCUAAGACCAUCUCCAUUGCAGACUUGGGCUGUUCCUUUGGCCCCAACGCUUUGCUGGCAGUCUCCAACCUCGUCAAAGCCGUCGACGACCAGCGGAAGAAGCUCCGGCGGCGACACUCCCCGGAGUUUCAGAUUUACUUAAAUGACCUUCCCACCAACGACUUCAACACUAUUUUCCAGUCGUUGCCAAAACAUGAAGAGGAUUUAAGGAGGGAGAUAGGAGACGGGUAUGGGCUGUGCUUCUUCAAUGGAGUUCCCGGUUCAUUUUAUGGCAGACUUUUUCCCUCCGAUAGCAUUCAUUUUUUCCAUUCUUCUUUUAGUCUCCAUUGGCUAUCUCAAGUACCUAAAGGAAUAGAAGAAAACAUGGGCAACAUUUGCAUGGCAACGGCUAGUCCACCGUCUGUGAUAAAGGCAUAUUAUGAUCAAUUUGAACAAGAUUUUUCUACUUUUCUCAAGUGUCGCUCUAAAGAAUUAGUGAAAGGUGGGAGAAUGAUUUUGACUAUGCCGGGUAGACAAAGCAAAAACCCUACUUUCCCUACGUUCGAGCUCCUAGCUUUAGUGCUUAAUGAUUUAGUUGCAGAGGGUUAUCUGGAACAGGAGAAACUAAACUUGUUUAAUGUUCCUUUAUACACGCCAUUUUUAGCAGAAGUAAAACUCCUAGUUGAGAAGGAUGGCUCCUUCACUAUUGACUGCUUGGAGACUUUUCAAAGUCAUUGGACAAGAGGAUAUAUAUAUAAUGGAAAUGGUGAUGACAAUAUUGUUAGUGACGAGGAUACUGGUGGGUACGAUGUUGCUAGGAGCCUAAGAGCUGUUAUUGAGCCUAUGCUUGUUAGCUACUUUGGUGAAGGAAUAAUUAAUGAGGUGUUCCACAGGUACAACAAGAUGAUUGUUGAUUUCAUGUCGAUCCAACCAGAGAAAUCUCUGUUAACUGUUAUCAUUAUCUCCCUAAUUAAAUUGUAAUUUAUUUGUAUAUUUAUCAUAAAUUUACACUU